AUCUUCUCUUUCGAAAACAGAUCCUGGUUUUGUCCUCCUCCUCCUCCUCCUCCUCGUAGCACGUUACUGGAGCUGAUCUCACAGAUUCUGGAUUGUAAUCAUGGACGGAGACGAUUUUGCUGGAAAGGCGGCUGCUGAAGCCAAAGGAAUGAACCCGGGAUUAAUCGUGCUGCUUGUUGUUGGAGUUCCGCUUCUUGCGUUCCUAAUCGCCAACUACGUGCUUUAUGUGUAUGCUCAGAAGAACCUACCUCCAAGGAAGAAGAAGCCGGUUUCCAAAAAGAAGCUCAAGCGCGAGAAGCUCAAGCAAGGAGUUCCUGUCCCUGGAGAAUAAAUAAAAAGCCAGCUUAGCUUCGGUUGUGCCUCGUUCAAAGCUCUUUUUGUUUGGUUACCACAUUUCAUCCUUGUAGGGUUUUUUUUCUUCCUUUUACUUCUGUCAAUGAGGAUUAUCUUGAGUCCUGUAUGAUUUCACAUGGAGAGUGUAGACUAUUGUUUUGGUCUGACUAGUUUUGCCUUCUUCAUACAUACAUUUUGUUGCAGCUG